UCACGGCCUUCCUUGCUCCCGACGUCCAUGAAUAAUCCCAUCCUGCUCAAUACCAAUACGUUUGAGGCCCAAUGUCCCCUCCCUCCUCCUCCUUCCCUCCUGACCACGAUGACAUUGAGGAGCUAACAUGGUUUCCCGCUACGUACUGACUUCGUUGACGAACGAAACCGUUCUGGUUCCCGCACAUCCGUCUCUUUCUCCUGGACCAUUCCAUCUUGGCGUUGGCGAGAAUAUAAAGCGUGAAUUUGUUGGCUGGAGGACGAUAAUGUUACCGUUAAUCUCAAAAAAAAAACGCCGCUUCGAGACAGUACUUUUAGCAGAAUGCUGUAAAGUCCACUGUAUAGGCUUGACGACGACGGCCCAUCGCAAUACGAUCGCCGAAGGUACUUGUAAUACCACCGCAAAGGAACCAAGCUCUGUACAUAUGGAUUAGCCUAAGAUCCAACUCCACCUCUCCCAGGAUUUCAUAUCUCAUCGGUCUCGAUAUCUGCGCUCAUAGCCCCCGUGCGAUGUGCUGGACCCAAAGAGCAAAUGUUGAGAAUCCAUAGUUCGUACGACUCCGAAUAUGCUCUCUCAAGUGCA